AAUGACUCAUAGUUACGGAUUGAAGAAGGGAACAAGAAGCAAAUUUGCCAAGCCAUUUAGAGGUCACGGUAAUAUAAGUAUUCGUAAAACACUCUAAACAUUCAAAAGAGGUUACUAUCAUUCUUAAUAAUAGGUGACUUUGUUGACAUCUUAGUUGAUGGAGCAUAACACAAAGGAGUACCCUUCUAGUAUUAUCAUGGAAGAACUGCAAGAGUCUUCAAUGUAAAUCCUAGAGGAAUAGGUGUUUCAUUACAAAGAAGAGUCAGAGGCAGAUAUGUAGAGAAAAGAUUUCAUGUGAGAGCUGAUCACUUGAGACCAUCAAAAUGCAGAGAAGAAUUUGUCAAAAGAGUUUAAGAAAAUGAUAAAAAGAAGACAGAAGCUAAUAAAAAGAAAUAACAUAUAUCCACCAAAAGAUAACCUGUUUUACCAAGAGGUGCAGAAAUUGUUAAACCUGUUGCAACAGUAUUCCAACAUCCUAAGGCAUUUGUUGAAAUUAUCUGAC